AUGCAUACGCCAUCCGUACUAAUAAAUCUCCUGCUCCUCUCGGGCGCUUCAUCCGCUGUCUCACUUAGGCGCGGACAAAGGAUAAGACGAGAUGAACUGGCAGACGCAACAUCUCGGUUGUUCAAGGACCCUGUCUCUAGUACAUCGCUUCAAGCGUCCACGAUAGCUUCGUCACCACCCACAUCAGCAACGCUCUCGGCAGCAGUAUCAAGUGCCACACAGUCCACAGUACUAGCCUCUUCCGCUCCAACUAGCUCAGUGUCAAUACGAUCAUUGGAAUCGUCACUACUGGCCUCGACGGCCUCGCAGACUGCCUCAGUGCCAUUGCCCGCGGGUUCAAGUGCCACAUCAGCACCCGCGGCCCAGCCUGAGACGCAAGCCUCCAUUCCAGCAUCGAACUCCGCAAGCUUGGCCUCGGCCUCGACAAGCGCACCCGCCGGCGUCACUUCAGCUUCAUCACUCGAAAGUGGCACUGCUACUGCUAGAAGCUCCGUUUUGGGUACUGUCUCCUCAAGUGUCCAGUUAUUCAGUGGAUCCGAGGGAAUCUCAUCGACAUCCGUAUUUCGCUCCUUUACACUGAUUGAGACUACCACAUCACAGUCUCUUUCUGUCCCAACGAGCGUGUCUCAAUCAGUACCAUCGACGGAUGCAUCAAGCUCUGCGGCGACAGUGGAGUCUUCAUCUUCCAGCGGGAGCCUGGCUGCUUCUAUUAGUUUGGCCAGCUCUGUGCAGCUUCCGCUUGCCCCUUCUAUCACCGGGCCUAGCUCAAUCUUAGAUACUGCCUCGACGUCGUCUGGCACAACGAGCGCGUCGGAAAUAACUACAAGUAUCUUCUUGGGCACUGAAACUGUUCUUCCGGAGCCGACAGUCAGUAGCACUCACAGCAGUGUCCCUUUCCUCCCUUCCAGCAGCAGUGCGAGCGAAAUCGCAAGCAGACCUUUUGAGACUGGAAGCGCCGUUUCAACAACCGAGUCUUUCUUGUCAACAGGAAGUUCAUCAAGUGUGGCUGUGCAGACAUCGAGUGUCCUUUCAACAUCUAGCUCGGACGACUUCGCAUCAAGCAGCUCGCAAAGUCAGCCGUCGGCUACAUCAGCUCCUACGUCGGCACCUACGUUGUCUAUUGCAUCUUCAUCCACGUUUGGUAGUGCCACUGGCCCUGUUAGCUCCGGCUCUGCCUCCGUGAGCUUGUCAUCCGCUAGCUUCUCCUUGGUCACGAAGUCAUCCUACUCAUCGACUUUCGUGCAACCAACAGGCAAGGUCAACACCGCAGUGCCGACCGUCAUCAGCUCCGCACCACCGACGUCAACAACUGUGGCUGCCGACGUCUAUGCCAGCAACUUAGCCGAGGCUCUGAGAUACAAUGAAGUCUUCAACUCCCUGACUAGUGACUCAGCAUGUCAGGCAGGCCAGGCCGCCUGCGUACAAGGCAACAUUGGCGAGUGCACGACCUCGGGGUCGUUCUCAAUCGUUCCAUGCCCCAAUAACUCACAAUGCUUUGCUUUGCCGAUGAACACCACUUCCGGUGUCCAGGUUGGGUGUUACGAGCCUAGUGUUGCAGCCAAGAUCCUCGGCGUGGCAGCUUCGGGCACCAGCACUGUUGUGAGCUCGACAACUUCGUCCAGCUUGACUACGGCGAGUACAGGCGAGGGUACCGAAAUCACUGUCACUUUUCGGCCCUCGGCGACGACCAUCGUUAGCCAAGUCACCGUAACUCCUCCCUCGUCCACCCUGCAGGUCUCUAGUGCAACCGAUCCAGCCACCACUUCACAGUCGACGACGGCCACAACCUUAGCCACUCUGACUCGUCCAUCAAGCUCUCAAAUAGAAGCGACCUCGACUACCUCUACUCUAGCUCAGCCGCCCACAACGACGAACGAAUCGUCCACCACGGUCACAUCUUCCGCCGUUAGCUCCAGCUCUACUGGAAACCCAGCCACCGAACUCACAGUCCGCCCCGUCACUCUGACAAGGCGCCCGACUGGUCGCAAGCCAUCAUCAACUUCGGUCCCGGUGAAUGGCGGCGUGAAGUUGACGGCCACUGGAAACCCGGACAAUGCCGUAACAGUAACUGUCAAGGAGACUGAGACUGUGACAACCACGACUACAACCACAGAUCAUGAGACCACAACGGCGACAGUGCGGUCAUAA